AUGGAACAUCAAGUGGACCUCGCCGAGUAUCUCUUUACUCGCUUGGCUCAGCUCGGACUGGGCUCAGUCCAUGGAGUUCCUGGAGACUACAACCUCCAUGCUCUCGACUACAUCCAAACUGCCGGCCUCCAAUGGGUUGGCAACGCCAAUGAGCUCAACGCUGGCUAUGCCGCCGACGGCUAUGCUAGGAUUAAAGGCAUUGGAGCGUUGAUAACAUCCUUUGGCGUUGGCGAGCUCUCCGCAAUAAAUGCCGUUGCUUGCGCCUAUGCCGAGAUGGUUCCAGUUGUCCACAUUGUGGGAACACCCCCUUUGGCCGCUCAGAAAGUCAACGCCUGCCUACACCACUCACUCGGCAACGGCAACCUCAGGGUCUUUGCAGACAUGUACAAGUCGGUCACUGUGGCACAGGCCAAUCUGAUUGAUUCAUCCAAGGCUGCGCGGUCCAUCGACGCAACCUUGCGCGAAUGCUUGUUGCAAAGCCGGCCUGUUUAUAUCGAGCUACCCAUUGAUAUGGCUCAAGCGAAAGUCCCGCGCCCGUCAGCCGCUCUUGAUUUAAGCAUCCCAAGUCUGAACGGGAUCAACGCCCCCAACGAGGACCGCAUUGCGAAUGUGAUUUUCAACAGUAUUCGGAACGCCAAGAGAUUCAUGGUCUUGGUCGAUGGUUUCACCAACCGGUUCCAAAUCUCGGAGGAAGUUAAUGAGCUGGUGAAACUUACCAAGUGCCCUACACUCACAACACCCUUUGGGAAGUCUAUCGUGGAGGAGGACUUGCCCAACUUCCACGGCAUCUAUUUUGGUUCUGCCGGGGAGCCCAAGCACCACUCGUGGGUCCAGAGCUGCGACCUGGCGAUCCGGUUUGGCCCGUUGGAGGCUGAGGUCAACACAUUUGGGUUUACUGCAAAGCCCCCAUCCGAUGCUACAAUUACUUUCCACAAGUUUGCCGUCUCCUACACUGAGAAUGGGGAGGAGAUCUACCAACCCGUGGACAUCAAGUCGGUCCUGGAGAGACUUCUGCGUAAACUGAACGAAGCUACUCUGCCUACGUUCGAAUCCUUUCCUCCCAAUAAUGGCCACCCCAGGGCACUUUUGAAAGCGCUCCCUGCCCCAGACGAAGCUGCCGUGGUAGAUCAAUACACGUUCUGGCUUCACAUGUCACGAUUUUUCCGCCCCGGUGAUAUCAUUCUUACGGAGACGGGAACUUCAUCAUCUGGCGGCCAGAGUUUCGUGCUGCCGAGUAGCACCACACUCAUCAACUCAUCCAUCUGGCUCUCUAUCGGCUACACGCUAGCCGCCAGCCAAGGUGUGAGCCUGGCACAGCGAGAGAUGGCCAGAGAGGGAUCACGCCCAGACGGCCGGGUCAUCUUGUUCGAGGGCGACGGCAGUCUCCAGAUGACCGCGCAGGCAAUCAGCGACAUCAUCCGGAACAAGCUGGACGUCGUCAUGUUCGUGCUGAAUAACAACGGAUACACGAUCGAGCGCCUCAUCCACGGGUAUGGUGCUGGCUACAACGACAUCCAGCCCUGGAGGCACCUGGACGCGCCGAGUUUCUUUGGCGCUCGCGAGGACGACCCGUCGUACCCCGUGAGGACCUUCCGGGCCAGCAACUGGGGUGAGAUGGCGGCCGUCCUGCGGGAUGAGGAUGUGGCCAGUGGGAAGGGGUUGGUGAUGGUGGAGGUCAUGAUGGAUAUGAGCGAUGCGCCAGAGUCCUUGAAGAAGACUAUUGCAGAUGUGCAGAGGAGGAAUGCCGGUAACAGGACCGUGAAUGAGGUGGAGGCUCAUUGA